UUAAUUCUACUCUGGAGACCUCAACCUAGUGUACAAUGAUCCUGGCUGGAAAAGAAGAACUAUAUAUAUUUUUUUUCAAAUCUUUGCCAUCACUUGACCUUGUAUCUCCGCCUUCUCUUUCUGCAGGAAACUUUAUUUCCUACUUCUGCACACCACGUUUCUACCUCCAGAUCUGUUUGGUUCAGUUGCUGAGAAGCCUGACACACCAGUGCCACUUGGAAGAAGCCAUCUACCGUGAACAUUUAUUGAUGCCUCCUUUAGCCAGGAGGUAUCGUAAGAGCUGGAGAAAGAAAUGUGAUCUAGUCCUCGAUCUCAAGGAGCACACAGACAGAGGAAGAUGGAUGACAACAACACAUUUCCCCAGUUCAGCCACAGUGUGCUGUCCACAUCUUAUUCUCUGUUUGCAACGAACAUCAAGGGGAACAGUGAAGAAUCCACCACCAGUUAUGACUAUGAUUACAGUGAGCCCUGCCAAAAAACCAACGUGGGACAAAUCGAAGCCCAGCUCCUGCCCCCACUCUACUCGCUGGUGUUCAUCUUUGGUUUUGUGGGCAACUUGCUGGUCGUCCUCAUCCUGAUAAACUGCAAAAAGCUGAAGAGCAUGACUGACAUCUACCUGCUCAACCUGGCCGUCUCUGACCUGAUUUUCCUCCUCACCAUCCCAUUCUGGGCUCACUAUGCUGCUGACCAGUGGGUCUUUGGGAAUGCGAUGUGUAAAUUUUUCACAGGGCUGUAUCACAUUGGUUAUUUUGGCGGAAUCUUCUUCAUCAUCCUCUUGACAAUUGAUAGGUACCUGGCUAUCGUCCAUGCUGUGUUUGCUUUAAAAGCCAGGACGGUCACCUUUGGGGUGGUGACAAGUGGGGUCACCUGGGUGAUGGCUGUGUUCAUCUCUCUCCCUGGAAUCAUCUUUAUCAAAUCCCAAAAAGAACAUUCUGGUUACGCCUGUGCCCCUUAUUUUCCACUAGGAUGGAAGAAUUUCCAUACAGUAAUGAGGAGCAUCUUGGGCCUGGUCCUGCCACUGAUUGUCAUGAUCAUCUGCUACUCAGGAAUCCUGAAAACCCUGCUUCGGUGUCGAAAUGAGAAGAAGAAGCACAAAGCCGUGAGGCUUAUCUUCGUGAUCAUGAUCGUCUACUUUCUCUUCUGGGCUCCCUACAACAUCGUCCUCCUCCUGAGCACCUUCCAGGAAUUCUUUGGCCUGAGUAACUGUAAGAACAUCAGUCAGCUAGACCAAGCCAUGCAGGUGACAGAGACCCUGGGGCUGACGCACUGCUGCAUCAACCCCAUCAUCUAUGCCUUCGUCGGGGAGAAGUUCAGAAGGUAUCUCUCCGUGUUUUUCCGAAAGCACAUUGCCAAACACCUCUGCAAACAAUGCCCAGUUUUCUACGGGGAGACAGGAGAUCGAGUGAGUUCAACAUACACCCCUUCCACUGGGGAGCAGGAAGUCUCUGCUGCUUUGUAGAGCGGUAGCAGUUUGCUUGUUAUUUUUAAAGGGAGAUAACAAUCUGUAUAUGAUAGUAAGCCUCAAGGGUUUGUUGAAUAGAGGACUUGAAAUCUCUAAAGCAAAUUCCCAGGAACCUCAGGGUUGUGUGAACCAACACAGACUUAUGUCACUCCUUGUAGAGCCAACAUGAGCUUGGGGAAUAUUCCAGAACAACCGUGGGCACAGACUUGGACUCUCCAACAAGCUCAUCGCAGUUUCUGGAAAAUGCCACAUUGCCUUGUGUUUAUUCCCUUUUCCCCAUCUGCACCAUUUCUUGCUCACUCUGAUUCUGUCAAUCUCUUUAAUCAAUCAGCGGGAGGUAGGGAAGAGAAUGAGACAUGCAUGGGUGAAGGGAAAGAGGGUGAGUGGGGUCAGGACCAAGGGGACAGAGCAGGAAGUAUGAGCAUGGCUGAGCCUGGACGAGGAUGAAGGUAAGGGGUUUGCUUGCCCAGCCAGGUAGGAGUAUUGGCCCUUAGCACCAUCUCCUACUGUAUUUAACUUCGAAGCCCCACCACCCCAGGUCAUGGAGAGCUUGGGAACUGUUAAGAACUUUUUGGGAGCUUGAGUUGGGUCCAUGAUCCCCUUCUGUUAAGUGCAUGACACAUUUUUGCUUUAUUACAGUUUAGCUAUGACAACCAUACACCCUACAUUUGAAAUCUAUUAAGUAUCAUGCUUCAUUGUUCACAAACUUCUUAGGCAGCAUCCGCAUACACAAACAUUUAUUAAAAUGCUUGUUUAUAAAAUAGGCAUAAUCUAUAAUGAGAUGAAAAAAUAAAAGCCCUCUUUUGGUCUUUCCAGGCAAAGGGUUGGAGGCAGUGAUGAUGAGAAAGGGGUGGGCACCAAUGAGUUCCUCCAUCCAGAGUGAACAGAUAAGCUCACAGGAGAAUGUACAGGAAUGUUUCCAGGGCUGGCUAAGAGCAGAAGCCAGGAAGGAUGCAGCAGAACCCCCGAAAGGCCUUGUGUCUCUGGAUCUGACACUGUUCAUUUCCUUCUGGCUUUCCCCUGCCUUCCUGCUGCCCAUGCCCGCCUGUCCCCCUACAGCCUUUAUCAUAUAACUCUGCCUGUAGGACUGCCUUAUCCCAAAAGCCUGUUUGUGGUGCUCCGGGAGAGUAGCUGUCAGGAAAAUGUGAAGGAAAUUGUGCAACAAGAACCCCCUGUUGGGCCCAGGAGAGGAAAAAUAAUUGGUCGGGACACUCAGGUGUGUGCUCAGAGGAGAGAAGGGGCCCAUCUUGGAAAUCAAACACUGGCCUGUGACCUCAGGGUCUAUUACCAGGCAGGGCAGGCAAGGAUGAGGAAGACUCUAGAUAGGUUGGGAAAAAAGUUUUCCAAAUGGAUAUAGACAAAGAGUUCAUAUAUAUAUAUACAUAUAUAUAUAUAUACAAAUUUUUUAAGUCAGGUAAAAAUUAAAUUAAAGCUGAAAACUGUGACUUACAGUUAUGGUAAAGUAUCAUUUUAAGAGUUACUGUUAUGCCAAAUCUAAAAAUACUGUAUUAGUCAUAGAGACAAUUCUGGUGUUGAGCUUAAAAUCUUGGAGCACCUGGUAUGUUUGGGACACUGCUGGUUCAACAUAAAUGCUGAUCACGGAGUUGGAGGUCUGUGAUCCACAGGUUUACUAGCUCAUGAUAAGGCAGCAUCUAAAUAGUAUCAGCUGGAUCACAGCAUGCACUCAACAACUGUCAUCUCAACUGUGUCUUUAUUCUCUCUGACUUGUUACCAAAAAUCUUUUGUGCAUCAUUAUGAAGACUAGGAAGUCAUGGAUGGAAUCAUCUUCGACUGCUUCAGUGCUUUGCCAGUGUCCUAUUAAUCCUCAGACUGUCUGUCCCCUGUUUGGCCAGUGGGAACUCCUAAUUCAAGCUGACUCCUAAUCAAAGCUUUUAAAUUCUAUUUCUAAAGGAGGGGAGUUGGAGAAUCUCACUUAAGUAAGCAAAGACUUUCCUCUUGGCUGAGCCAAGUUAAGAAUGUACAUACAUGUUAGUGCAUUUCUGAUCUGAUGCUAGCAAGAAACACAGGGCUCCUGGAACCUGGAGCCUGGAACCUGGAACCUGGAACCUGGGGAGCUGGAAGUUACUAUAGUUUCACUUUCUUGCCUCAUGGCUACGGAAGGUUUCAGAAAGAAGUGUGUAUGUUGCAGGGUAUUGCUUAACCUGCAGAUACUUGUUUUAUCCUAAUGAAUGUAUUCGAUUUUGUUUUGAUGAUGUCAAAAUGUUGUUUUAAAAAACUAUGACUUGGAAAAUGAAUCAAUGCUCUAACUAUGUUGUUUAAAAAAAAAAACUGUCUGAUUAGCAACUGCCAUGUCCUCCUUCCCUCAAACUCUGACAACCACCACUCUAU